AUGGCGCUGAAAUCAGCGGGCAGGCUGCAGCUCAUCUUCCUCGCCAUCGUCAACUCAGUGUCGAUGGCCCAUUUCGGAUAUGACCAGGUUCCUCACCACAGUCCUGCUUCUCUGCCGGUUGCUAACUCAAAACACCCUCAGGGGAUUUUCUCGGGGGCACUGAUUUCCGCCGACUUCAUCAAGCUUUUCCCAGAGACAAGUGAUCCAAACAUUUCUGGUAUCACGUCUAGUUGUUUUUCGCUGGGAGCCUUCUUCGGCUGCAUCGCGGCCUUCCUUCUCGGUGACAGAUUGGGUCGGCGACGAACCGUCUGGGCAGGUCUGUUCACCAACGUAAUUGGAGCAGUCUUGCAGAUUGCAGCCUACCACUUACCGCAGAUGAUCGUCGGACGACUUAUCAACGGCUUUGGCAUGGGUUUAACGUCGUCUACGUGUCCCGUUUUCAUGGCCGAGACCUCUCCCUCCCAUAUCAGGGGCAAGCUGGUGGUUCUAGGAUCUCUCUGCAACACAACGGGAUUCUGUCUUGCUAGUUGGAUAAACUACGCCCUGUUCAACGACAACGGACCCCUCCAGUGGCGAUUCCCUUUAGCCUUCCAGCUCGUGUUUCCACUGAUAGUGACCCUGUUCUUACCCUUCACUAUCGAGUCGCCAAGAUGGCUACUGCUGAGAGGACGCAACUACGAUGCUCAGAGAGCCCUAUGCCAGUUGCGAGGCAAAGGGCAAAAUCUCGAGGACAAGGAUCUGAACGAUGACAUGAAAUCCAUCCAGCAGGCUAUCCAGGAUGAGAGAGCCGACCUCUCGACUCUUCGAGAAACCCUGCUUUUCCGAGACCCCAAUCGGAAUUUCCGCCGACUCCUGCUGAGCUGCGGCACAAUGGUCAUGCAACAGUUCAGCGGUGUAAAUGCACUAAGCUACUAUCUGCCCACUCUGUUGAUCCAGUCGGUUGGCGUGUCCAGUGAGAAUGCGAGGCUGCUUACCGGGGCAAACGCCACCGUCUACCUUGGAGCAGCGUUCCUGUGCCUCCUACUGGUUGAUCUGGUUGGAAGGCGAAAGCUCAUGAUGUAUGGCUCUGUAGCGAUGGGGUCAUGCUAUCUGAUUGCCGCAGUCACCCUGAAGGAGGCGUCGCUGCAUCCGGAACAGAAAACGACACUGGGCAGUGUCACUGUGGCCAUGUUCUUUCUGUAUUACUUCUUCUAUGGAACCAGCUUCGCCAAGGUCGCUUGGGUCUACAAUGCAGAAGUUAAUAGCCUAGGGUGGCGAACCCGAGGCGCUGCUGCUGCUACCGCAACUAAUUGGCUGGGCGGCUUCACCACCGUCCAGUUCACCAAGGUUGGCGUCAACAAUCUCGGCUGGGGCUUCUAUCUCCUGUUCUCGUGCUUCUGCUACUCCUACCUUCCCGUUGUUUACCUUCUGUACCCCGAAACCUCGCGGCGCACCCUGGAGGACAUGACGGAAAUUUUCAAGGGAAACAGUCGCUUGCUGGUCUUCAACAAUCACAUUCUGACACAGAGAAAGAGACCUCAGGUGUUCAUUGAUGCCGAACGCAGACGCAUUGACGGUCGCACUUCGGGUACUGGCAAUGUUUAG